AUGUCCUAUGCCAAGGACGCAGACGAGUUUGUCCAGGAGCCGCACGCUCAGCCCCGAGCUACGCACAGAGGAGCCAGCUGUGUGAGCCGCAGGUGUGACCGGGUGUGCACCCCAGAAGUGUGGACGUGCUGGCUCCUUGGCUCAGAACGCGACCUUCUUUGGAGAGUCUUCAUGGAGAAAUCGAGUCACAGUGUGGUCAUGGCGGUGGCCCUCAUCCACAUGACCGCCCUUGCGGUGCCUGGGGUUGCCGGGCCCCUGCUCCUCCCUGGCACCUCCCGUCUCUGCCUCAUGUUCUUGUUGGGCCAGGCAGGCUUGCAGCAGGGACACCCCCAGUGCCUGGAUUAUGGGGCCCCCUUCUGGAGCCCUGUGCACCUCGAGUUCUGCUCUGACUACUGGUCCUUCGGGUGUUGUGAUUAGCACAAGGACCGCCGCAUCACUGGGCGGUACAAGGACAUCCUGAGCCACCUCGACCUGCAGGCACAUGAAGACAGUACUGGACACCUGACCGCCCCUCUCCCCCAGGAGUGCUCGCCCUGUGCUGCCCGCCUGUGCAGUGCCGAGAGCCCUCAGAAGCCCUGCAGCCUGCCGGGCCUCUGCUCUGACUACUGCUCUGCCUUCCUCUCCAGCUGCCGCUCUGCAAUCUCCCUGCUCACCAUACGCGGCCUCCAGUGGCCCCACGACAAAGACGGCACCUGCUUCUGCCACCUGCUCAACCUCCCGGACAAGGGCUACUGCUUCCCCAGUGUACUGAGGAGCCGGCAUCUCAUCUGCAACCUGGAGGUGGUGGCCAAGGGCCAUCGGGGCUACCUGCAGCUCUGCCUCCCGAGGUGGCCAACAGGUGAGGAACCCGUGUCCAUGGUCCACAGCGGGGACGUCACGCAUUGCCUCUUUGUGGCCGAGCAGGUGGGAGUGGUGUGGGUCUACCUGCCCGACUCGAGCCACCUGGAGCAGCCGUUCCUGGACCCCAGGAGUGCUGUGCUGACCACGCCGUGGAUCAGGGAUGAGAGAGGCUUCCUGGGCUUGGCCCUUCAUCCCCAGUUCUGUAUUUAUUACUCACGCCUGGGCAAGAUGAAGGCAGAGAAGAUCCGCAUCAGUGAGAUGAAGGUUUCUUAGGCUGGCCCCAACAGAGCAGAACCAAAGUCGGAGAGGGUCAUCUUGAAGAUAGAAGAGCCGGCCUCCAGUCACAAUGGUGGACAGCUGCUCUUUGACCUGGGCGGCUAUCUGUCCACAUUCACGGGGGGACGGGGGCAGGCCGGGGACCCCUUUGGGAAGUUUGGAAAUGCUCAGAACAAGCGAGCAGGAAGCUCUUGGAGGGAGCCCUUAGAAGUGGAGGAAGGAGGGCUGGAAGGGCCUCAGCUCACAGAGAGGGCCGGCACGGUGCCUGUGACUGCCUGCCUCCCGGGGGGUGGGCUUCCUGUGCCAUCCCUCCUGCCUGUGCUUCUUGGCGAGUGCCAUGGGGCAGUGAGGACCGAGAGCAGGCGGACCCGGUUCAGGCCACUUGCCACCACAGUCCUGGACUUGCUGAAGGAGCAACAGAAGGCUGCUAAGAACUGGUCCAGUGUGGCCUUGUUGCCCAGCCUAGAGCGGGCUUUGGCUCACACAGCUUCCUCCAGGGCGCCAACUCCUCCUUUGAGCAGCAAGGAGGCCUCACAGGAACCUGGGACCAAGAAGAAUGCCAGACUGAAGCUCAGGAAUGGAAUAAAUGCAGGUUCCUUCCAGGCUCUGGUGCCCACCCGGGCCUUGGCAGCGGCACAGAAACUGUAA